GUAUUCCGUGACGGUGCCGGAUCUAAUUAGAGUCGUAGGUCGUUCGAAAAGGCGUCCACAAUUGUUACCGGACUCUUCCGACGGAUCAUCCACGGUCCGCAUAGCAACCGAAACUUGGCGAUAAGUGAUAAGUGCACAUUUGCUCGAUAUGUCUAUACGGCGGAAAAGCGAUCCGUCUAUGAUUCAGCGAAUUUGGGACACGAUCAAAAUCACGGUACAUCAAAGGAGUUUACCCAGUAAUGACCGUAUGGUACGACACAUGGCUCGAGUUUACGGCUUUACAGAACAAGAGGCGCAGGAAGAGCUCAACAAGGCAGUCGAGGACGGGCUCGUCCUGUUGAAGAAAGUGCCCACGAAAAGCGGCGUCGAUCAAGAGAGUUACAGAUUGCCGCCGGUAGACGUGCCGCAGAACGACACUCACGAUUGGUACUGUUACAAAUGCCAACGAGCGGGUGCGGUCGAGUGCUGCGAGCAGUGCUGCAGAGUCUAUCACUCGGAAUGCCAUGUACCCGGCAAUGCGAAAUUAAAGAUUUGCAACUUCUGCGAGAAAAUCAAUAGCGACGUAUAUCCCGACAAGAUUGAUCUCAAUCAUAUUCUUAGCUUUACGUGUGGCCAUCUAAAGGCGAAAUUACCGCCAGAAAUUACAAAUCGCACCAUCGUUUUCAACAAUGGUCCGAUCGUUACACCACCCAACGGCUUUUCUGGACCGACCUGGGUGAGCGAGGGUGAGGAUGCAUGGCGACCAGGGAUUCUCAUAAAGCGUCACAUGGAUCUCGCCAUAAUGGACGCGAAAACGAGCAACAACGAGUACAAUAACCUCGCCGAAUUUGAGGCUGAUGCACAUAAUAUUCUGCAUAACAUCAUAAUAUAUCACGGAGUAUCUCGUUGUCUUGUCGCUUCAGCAGUUAACAGCGUAAUAGCGGACAUGGGACGCACUAUGUAUCAGGACUGUUGUUACGAUCUUCAAGAAAUACGUCGUUGUGCGGAUUGUUACCGUAUAUCGAACGAAAAAUCCGAAAAAAUGUGGUUCUGUAUACCGUGUAAUCCCCCUCAUCAGUUGGUCUAUGCAAAGCAAAAGGGAUAUCCAUAUUGGCCGGCGAAAGUCAUGCAAGUUAAUAACAAUGUGUACGAUGUGCGUUUUUUCGGUGGUCAUCACAUGAGGGCUAAUAUCGAGAAAGUUUUUAUUCGGCCAAUCUCUUCCACAUUACAAAGUUUGCAGAUAAAAAAAUCAACAGCUUGGAACAGGGCUUUCGAAGAGCUGAAGCAUCAUCGGAAUUUGUUGCAAAAGAUGGGAAAGAAUAAGGAAGAUAAUUCGACAGAAAGCCUUACGCCUGCGAAAAUACGAAAGUUGGAAUCGUCAAGUUCGCGAAGUACAUCGCACGGUUCUAAUUUGCCAGCAAAGCAAUUGAUUAAAGAUUUGAGAGUAAGAGUCGAACGCUUAAGUUCGGAUGGCAAUAAUGAAACGCAAAAUGUAAACGAUGAAAGAGAUAUUAAAGAAGACGCGAAAAUUGAUACUGAAAAUGAAGAAAGACAGGUGCCUCAUUUACCUGUAGCGGAAGAUGAACCUGCGGGUGAAAACAUAACGAGCACGUGUCCGCAAGGUUUAAAGAAAGAAGGGUCCCAAGAAGACAUGGUUACAUCUAGUUGCCAAGAACCGAGAUCGAAGUGUGUACUUGUACAGACUGAACAAAUGCAAACGGAUGGACUUCCUGCCAAGAUCAAGAGAGAACGCAGAACUUCGGAACAACCAACGACAACGGCGCUAGAAAAAUUACGCCGUGAAUUAGAGCUUGAAAAGUGCAGAGAAUUAGAAAGACUACAAGCGGAGCAUGCCAAAGAAUUGCGGCAGUUAACCGAUAGACACCAACAAAUCGUCUCUGACAUCAAAAAGAAACAAUGGUGUUAUAAUUGCGAAGCUGAAGCAAUAUAUCAUUGUUGUUGGAAUACUGCAUAUUGUAGCACAGACUGUCAGCAGGUUCACUGGCAGCGUGAACAUAAAAGAGUAUGCAGGCGUAAGCGCUAAUUCAUAUGACGAGUGCAAUGGAUACAAUAAUGUAUAAGUUCUAACAAAUUAUACAUACAUAUGUAUAAUUAUAAAAUACAUACAUACGUUUCAUACAUAUAGGCAUAUAUUUAUGUACCUACACACACACACACACACACACACACACACACACACACACACACACACACACACACACACACACACACACACACACACACACACACACACACACACACACACACACACACACAUCUUCCAGUGUAUGAAAAAGAGUUUAACUCUUUAUUUGUCUGUCUAUACUUUUUUUGCACGUCUAUUAUUGUAUAUAAUAUAUAUACAAACGUAUGCACGUGUGCGUGCGCGCGCGCGGAUGUGUAUGUACGCCUAAGUACUACAAUUAGAAUUGAAAGCAAGAGCAUCAGAUUGUAAUUUAUCUUAUUGUUUUUUGAAAUCGGCAGAUUUCUCAUUAAAAAAUUUUAAAGAAUUUUGCGAGAUAACUUUGAGAAAAUAAGUAAAAUAAAAUUAUUCGAUCUAAGUUGAAAAGUAUAAAAGUUUCAAAGUAUAAAAAUGUAUUUGGAAUAGGUUGUAUGCAUAUAUGUACACAUAUCAGAGGAUAGCUUGUAGAAGCAUUACACAUUAAUAUAUUCUUGACACCAA